AUGAGGCGUUUCUGUUUCGCCGUACUUGCAGGCACGGCUGCAGCCGUGCCUGCGCUCAUCACAGAGGCACAAGCUGACGCCGACAGGACAUUUUCGGCCGUCGACUGUUCGGAGCAGAUGAACAAGGAGAGGGAACCUAUGGGGUUUCCUAAGUUUACUGUCCUGAAUACAUCAACACCAUCUGAUGAAGUUACGGCAGUCAAAACGACUGAUCUCUGUGCGAGUAUAAAAGCGGGUACAGAUCCUGGCGUAUGGCUAACAGCAACUGAGGCUGAUGUGACUAUAGCAGCAGCAAUUCAAAGCUCAGACAAAGGCGAUUGUGCGGCAGCAACAAAGCAAUGGAAGGGAGCAUUAAAGACAAUAGGAGAUUCUUUACCACUUGCCUAUACACCCGGACAGGGCAUAUACGAAAGUCUGGAUGUUGUAUCGUUAAUGAGUCUUUAUACACCUAAAGAUGGAGUAGCAGUUGCAUGCACUGUCAUACAAUGCCCACCCAAAAGUUCAACACCAGGAACCGGAGACAGUGAUGACAGCAAUAGCGGAAGCAACCCCCAGCAACCACCCAACACAGCUCCCGGCGAUAGUAGCUCUAGUGGUGGUGCUGGUGAUGGUGCUGGUGGUGGUGCUGGAGGUGGUGGUGGUGAAGGCAAAAACAAAGAGGGCAAAGAGUUAAAGAAAGCAACUGCCGAAGGGAGUCCAACACCAGUAACAGCAUCAGCAGUAACAGCAGGAGUAGGAGGAGUACCACCAGCAGCUGCAGCAACAACAGCAGCAGCAGGUCUUAGGGGAGGAAUGACCGUUCGUCGAUUAGAAGAAACACCAACACACGACGAGUCUUUUAAUGCUCUUGUUUGCCUAUUUCACCCGAAAACACUCACGAAAGAUACUCCUCCUUUCCAGUAA